UGGGCUGCACCAGGUCCUGAGCGCCGCGAACCAAUGAAGAACUUGGACGUGAGGCCUAUCCAAUGAAAGCGGGGUGGAGGGCGGGACUUGCGCGGGCUACGGAUGCCGGGUGGAGUCCGGGGACGCGAUGUGUCUUCUCCUGGGGGCCUCGGGUGUCGGGAAAACGCUGUUGGUGAAAAGGCUGCAGAAGCUGAGCUCCGGGGAUGGGAAGGGCGACCUGGGCGAUGCUCCCCCGACGCGCCCCACGGUGGGCACCAACCUUACUGACAUCGUCGUCCAGAGAAAGAUUACCAUCCGGGAGCUGGGGGGGUGUAUGGGCCCCAUCUGGUCCAGCUACUUUGGAAAUUGCCACUCUCUCCUGUUCAUGAUGGACGCCGCUAACCCCACUCAGCUGUCCGCGUCCUGCGUGCAACUCCUGGGCCUCCUUUCUGCAGAGCAACUCGCAGAAGCAUCCGUCUUGAUUCUCUUCAAUAAGAUCGAUCUGCCCUGUUACGUGACCGUAGACGAGAUGAAGUCAUUGAUCAGGCUCCCAGACAUCAUUGCCUGUGCCAAGCAGAACAUCACCACGGCAGAAAUCAGCGCCCAGAAGGGCACUGGCUUAUCGGAGGUGCUGCGCUGGCUCCAGGACACCCACAGAACUGACAGGCGACUGCCGGGAGGAGAACCGUGACCGGCCGGCUCUGGGGAGGAGGCAGAGAACGGCACCGCUUGGCCUCUGGCGAUCUGUUCUCGUCGGGGACGGGACGACCCGACGUGAGCCUAGGAGAUGGGCUCCCGUCCUGAGUGGCGGUGAUGGGUAACUGGCCUCUGAACGAAAAGAUUGUCCCCAGGGCUGGGAGAGGACAGGCUUGCAGGCGGCUGCGUGUCCUGCCUGGGAUGCGCUUCCCGGGAUGUGCUUCCCGGGAUGCGCUUCCCGGGAUGUGCUUCCCGCCCACCGGGAAAGCAGCUCUACUUUCCUGACGGCGUUUGCACCGCCUGGGACCAGACUUGCUCUGGGGACUGUGGCACAAAGCCGUACCUGUGGAGUUUCCCACAUGCCGACGAUGUGGCCUCCGUCGUGUGAGGCCGUCACCUUAGGAAGAACCGAGCCUGGAGUCAGAACAAGAGUAGUGUCUUCAUCCGUUCGGCAAACGUACAUCACCCCGAGGAGGGCACGGGGCUCCCGCGGGUCGGUGCGAGUGGGAGCGGCCCUGCUAGAGCACAGGGGGUGCCGUGCUCAGCUGAGGGGGCUCACGUGGGGGGGGGG